UACCUAUCGAAUAUCUGCCAGUCCUUUUUCAUCAAAAACAAUCCGAUGUGAAGACACAAAAGACCUUAUAGAAUUGCAUGGCGAUACAUCAAUAGCCGCGAUACUUGGAUUUAAGUGAUGUUUUACAGCCAAUAGUAAUAUAGGGGCGCGAGGCUGGGCGGCGACUGUCUGCAGAAGACAUAUCUGUGCUAAAGUUCAGAAAGACAAAAACCAGAGCAGCGCAGAGGAACAAGAAACAGUACUUAAACAUCCAUAUCAUUUAAAAACUGCAUUUGUAAAAUGGCGGGGAACCGAGACAAAGCAUCCGACCAGAUGAAAAUGUGGAAGGAGAACAGGGGCGCGCAGAGAGCGGACAUGUUGAGCACCGGUGCAGGCGUGCCCGUGGGGGACAAGCUGAACUCUCUGACGGCCGGGCCACGAGGCCCCCUGCUGGUCCAGGACGUGGUGUUCACUGACGAGAUGGCCCAUUUUGACCGGGAGCGCAUCCCAGAGAGAGUGGUGCACGCUAAGGGGGCAGGAGCGUUUGGAUACUUGGAGGUGACCCAUGACAUCACCAAGUACACCAAGGCCAAGAUAUUCGAGCACAUUGGCAAGAGGACACCCGCCGCAGUGAGGUUCUCCACUGUGGCUGGAGAGGCUGGCUCUGCAGACACUGUGCGGGAUCCUCGUGGCUUUGCAAUGAAGUUCUACACAGAAGAAGGAAACUGGGACCUCACUGGGAACAACACCCCCAUCUUCUUCAUCCGGGACCCCUUACUGUUCCCUUCCUUUGUCCACUCUCAGAAGAGGAACCCGCAGACCCACAUGAAGGACCCAGAUAUGGUGUGGGAUUUCUGGAGCCUGCGGCCAGAGUCCCUGCAUCAGGUCACCUUCCUUUUCAGCGACCGUGGAAUUCCAGAUGGACACCGACACAUGAAUGGUUAUGGUUCCCACACCUUCAAGCUGGUCAAUAACACGGGGGAGGCUGUCUACUGCAAAUUCCACUUCAAGACUGACCAGGGCAUUAAGAACAUCCCGGUGGAUGAGGCCAGCCGCCUGUCCUCCACAAACCCUGACUACGGCAUCCAGGACCUGUACAACGCCAUCGCCAAUGGCAAUGACCCCUCCUGGAGUGUCUUCAUCCAGGUCAUGACCUUCGAGCAGGCAGAGCAGUUCCGCUGGAACCCCUUCGACCUGACCAAGGUUUGGUCUCAUAAAGAUUUCCCUCUGAUCCCAGUGGGGAAACUUGUGCUGAACCGAAACCCUGUCAACUACUUUGCAGAAGUGGAGCAGCUGGCAUUCGACCCCAGCAACAUGCCUCCUGGCAUUGAGCCCAGCCCUGACAAGAUGCUGCAGGGACGUUUGUUCUCAUACCCUGACACUCACAGACACCGCCUGGGAGCCAAUUACCUGCAGAUCCCUGUGAACUGCCCCUACAAGACUCGAGUGGCAAACUACCAGAGAGACGGGCCCAUGUGCAUGUUCGAUAACCAGGGUGGAGCCCCCAAUUACUACCCCAACAGCUUCAGUGCCCCGGAUACACAACCCCAGUUCCUGGAGACCAAGUUUAGGGUGUCUGCCGACGUGGCCCGCUUUAACAGCUCCGACGAUGACAAUGUGACCCAGGUGCACACUUUCUACUCACAGGUUCUGAAGGAAGAGGAGCGCCAGCGUCUGUGUGAGAACAUUGCCAGCCACCUCAAGGAGGCUCAGCUUUUCAUCCAGAAACGUGCAGUGAAGAACUUCAUGGAUGUUCAUCCAGACUAUGGAAGCCGCAUCCAGGCCCUGCUGGACAAAUAUAACACACAAGCUGGGGAGAAUGUGAUCCAUACCUAUGCCCCCAACGCUGCGUCCCUGACUGCACGUGAAUCGAAGAUGUGAGCGAGAUGUCUUCGUCCUGUCCCCUUGCCACCGUGGGACAAAAAAACAAUAAUUAACACUAUUAAUUCUGGAAAUUCCACUACUAACGCAUACCUUGUUACUGAUAUAAGCUGCACAGCCAGAAUAGUAUUAGACAAAGAUCUCAUAAAUUCCAUAAAGGAUUGUGUGCUACUGUUUGUAACGAUCUUAUAAAUUCCAUAAAGGAUUGUGUGCUACUGUUUGUAACGAUCUUAUAAAUUCCAUAAAGGAUUGUGUGCUACUGUUUGUAACGAUCUUAUAAAUUCCAUAAAGGAUUGUGUGCUACUGUUUGUAACGAUCUCAGAAAUUCCAUAAAGGAUUGUGUGCUGUUUCGUAGCAGACAUGUUUUGAAUCUUUUUCUUUUGAGUUUCAGUAAUGCGCUGGAACAGACCUCUGGUACAAUCUGUGGAGCGAGUGUUUUUCACUAUAGCUUUUCAUAUGGUAGGCAGGGAUGACUGGCUCCACCCUAAUUCAUUUUCCUGCUGUGGGGUAUACAACGCUUUAGUUUUUUUCAACCACCCACAGCAUUGAUACUGUCCAAAAGACACAUUCUGUAUAAAGCAGGCUGAAUUACUUGUUAGCCUGGAACUGUGAUUGUAACUGUGCCUCUACCACGUCAGGGAUCCUAGAUGUCUGUUUAGUGUUUAUUAAAAUCGGGGGGAAAAAAGCUGCAUUAGCUUUGUGGAAUUUUACUGUGUGUCUAAAUAGCAUGUUGAACCCAUUCACAAGGGUUUUAAUUAAAACUAAACUGAAUGACUUGUUUUACUUCACAUGUAUGGAUUAAAGCUGGCUGUGUUUUUUGAAAACUGAUGUUUCUUAAAUAAUGUAACUGCAUUUUGAUGAAACUCUGAUUGUGCAGGUCUUAUAACAAGCUAAAAUAAACGAAUAUACAGUAA